AGGACCUCUCCUCUCCUUCAUUUGUCUGGGUCAUUAACGUCAAUAUGUCUUCCUUUGCGAUGAGGAAGUUCACUUCUGGUCCUUCCUUCUCGAAGGCAUUGAGAAAUCAGACAAGACAAUUCUCUUCGACACGACCUGCGGCACGAAUUAUCACGCACGCGCCACUCCGAGCAAAAGAAGCUUCACCAUUCGUCAGCAACAAAUAUCCUGUAGUAGAUCACGAGUAUGAUGCGAUUGUCGUCGGUGCUGGUGGAUCAGGUCUGCGAGCAGCAUUCGGUCUUGCCGAGGCUGGAUUCAACACCGCUUGUAUAUCCAAGCUCUUCCCAACUCGAAGUCAUACUGUUGCAGCUCAGGGAGGUAUAAAUGCGGCUCUAGGGAACAUGCACGAGGACGACUGGAGGUGGCACAUGUAUGAUACAGUGAAGGGUUCGGAUUGGCUCGGAGAUCAAGAUGCCAUUCACUACAUGACAAGAGAAGCUCCCCAGUCUGUUAUCGAGUUGGAGAAUUACGGUUGCCCCUUCUCAAGAACGGAUGACGGGAAAAUCUAUCAACGUGCUUUUGGAGGCCAAUCGCAGAAGUUUGGCAAAGGUGGACAGGCUUAUCGAUGCUGUGCAGCAGCCGACAGAACCGGACACGCUCUUCUACACACACUUUACGGCCAAUCACUACGACAUAAUACAAACUACUUCAUCGAAUACUUUGCUCUCGACCUGAUUAUGGAGGAUGGAGAGUGCAAGGGUGUUCUCGCAUACAACCAGGAGGACGGAACUUUACAUCGAUUCCGAGCACACAACACUGUCUUGGCCACUGGUGGUUAUGGACGUGCAUACUUCAGUUGUACAUCUGCACAUACUUGCACAGGUGACGGUAUGGCUAUGGUUGCUCGUGCCGGUCUUCCCAACCAAGAUCUCGAAUUCGUCCAAUUCCAUCCUACUGGUAUCUACGGCGCUGGCUGCUUGAUCACCGAGGGUGCUCGUGGUGAGGGUGGAUACCUUCUCAACUCUGAGGGUGAACGAUUCAUGGAGAGAUAUGCCCCAACAGCCAAGGAUUUGGCCAGUCGUGAUGUCGUUUCCCGAUCGAUGACGAUGGAGAUCCGAGAAGGCCGUGGUGUUGGUCCAGAUAAGGACCACAUCUACCUGCAACUCAGCCAUUUGCCACCCGAGGUUCUCCACGAACGUCUUCCAGGUAUCUCUGAGACUGCUUCUAUCUUCUCUGGUGUCGAUGUCCGAAAGCAACCAAUUCCUGUGUUGCCCACCGUCCACUACAACAUGGGUGGUAUCCCAACCAAGUACACAGGUGAGGUUCUCACUGUUGAUGCCGAAGGUAAGGACCAGGUGGUUCCAGGUCUUUUCGCUUGCGGUGAGGCUGCUUGUGUCUCCGUUCACGGUGCCAACCGUCUAGGUGCCAACUCUCUCCUGGAUUUGAUUGUCUUUGGUCGUGCAGUCUCACACACCAUCCGCGACAACUUCGAGCCCGGCAAGCCACUCCCAGAAAUCAGCGCCGAUGCUGGUGCCGAUUCUAUCAGUGUUCUCGACCAGGUCCGACAAUCUUCUGGACCAAAGAGCACACAUGACAUUCGUCUCGCAAUGCAGAAGACUAUGCAAACUGAUGUCAGCGUGUUCAGAACACAAGAGUCACUGGACGAGGGUGUUCGAAAGAUCAAUGAGGUUGAUCAAACCUUCAAGGACGUCGGUAUCAAGGACCGAAGCAUGAUCUGGAACUCGGACUUGGUUGAGACCCUCGAAUUGAGAAACUUGUUGACUUGCGCUGUCCAAACUGCCGAGGCUGCAGCUGCGAGAAAGGAGUCACGUGGUGCACAUGCGAGAGAGGAUUUUCCAGACCGAGACGACAAGGAAUGGAUGAAGCACAGUUUAACGUUCCAGAAGAAGCCUCACGGAAAGACGGAUCUCUCGUACAGAGCUGUGGUGGGUCAUACUUUGGAUGAGAAUGAGUGCGCUGCUGUGCCUCCUUUCAAGCGUGUCUACUAAAAGUGCGUUGUUGGAGAUGGUGAGAGGAGCAGGUUUGAGCCUGGUAUUGUAGCAUAGUAUAGCUGAGUUGGUGCGUUAUGGGAGUGCAUUUUGUUAUGAAGAUAAUCAUAUGUGUCACUUGUAACUUCGCUGAUUGUAAGCUCUGUGGUGUGAUAGCAUCGUGGAGAAUGCAAGUGCCUGCUCGUCAUAUAGUCAUUGGAUGAUAGUUUGUUUCAUUACCCAUAUAUAACACAUUCAAUACCAU